UUGGUACACAGUCACUGGCAUCGUCCUCCAUAAAAAGGCGCCUAGUACCUUUUGCCUGCUUUCAAAAGCCAUUCUGUACCGCAGUCACUAUACUUUCGGGAAGCAACACGCAGUUUGGAGAUGCAAGAAGCAUUAGGCCUACUGCUCACAUUUUGACAUUCUUUCACGAUUUGGGAUUAUCAGUUGUUGAGCCUGAUCUUGAAUUAGAACACGGAACUUCAGACCAACAUGGAUCAUAGCAAUGCAACGAUGGUCCUCUUUAACGAUACCUCAACAGUCUCCUCUGUCAAUUCUUCUGCCACAGACUACAGCUCAACGACUCCUUCCUGGAUGCAGGACAUAACGACGAUGGCUGUCAUUCAGUCUUUGCAAACCUACCCUGAGAGAGUUGUUGUUGCCAUACUCUGGCUCUUGGUUGCUCUGGUCAAUAUCACCGGCAACACCAUGGUCAUCCUGGCCGUGGUGUUUAGUAAGAAGCUGCGGACAUCCACCAACGUCUUCGUGGUCAGUCUCAGCGUGGCUGAUCUUCUGACAGGCCUUGCACUUCCCAUGAGCGCUGUUGGGCUGCUCAGUCCGGGAAACAGUUGGCCAUGGUCCACAGAGGCUCCUUGCUACCUGGCUGCCCUGCUACUUUUCGUCAGUUCGUCUGCUAGUCUUUUCAAUCUGGCCUCCAUCGCCUUGAACAGACUGAUCCUUAUCAAACGCCCAAUGACUCUCUAUCGUAGUCUUUACACCAGGCGCAACUUAGUUGUUAACGUGAUCGUCCUGUGGUUCGUUGCCUUGGCAACGAUGAUUGUUCCACCACUCUUGGGAAUCGGAGGAUUCGGCUACGACAAGCAGCACCAUACCUGCAGUGACCUGGAUACCCAUCCUAAGGCCAAGACCUUCCAGCGAAUCCAAACCUUCCUGUCCUAUCCUGUCCCAUUUUGCAUUAUUUGUAUUUGCUACACCACGAUAUUCUUGCACGUCCGGCGCCACUUUCAGGCCCAGAGACCAUCCAUGCAAGUUGCCAUCGGUGAUCCUGGCCCGGAUUCAGGCCAGGGUUGUAGCUCGGGUAGCUCCAACUUUGCGGUGUCUGACAGCGCCGCUGUUCUAAAGACAGCCCAACGGGAUCGUAUCUACCGCCAACAGCUUCAGAUCACCAAGAAUCUCUUCAUGGCAGUCUGUGCCUUCUUCCUCUGCAUCACUCCUUACUGCGUGGCGCUUUUCAUCCCCAACACCGACCGAUACCUUCUGUUUUUGGGCGUAGUCUUUACCUUCAACAGCUGUGUCAACCCGAUCAUAUACGCCGCUAAACAUCCACAGUUCAAGAAGGUGAUACGCCGUAUGAUGAGAUGCCAAUACUCUCAGAUCGAAGAGCCAUCGGACACGCUUAAAGCUUUGAUGACUUCUUGUUGUAAAGUGUAACAGCAUCAGUGCUGGACGCUUUGAUAAAUUUGAUGACCCUGCUCUUACGUGAUGACAGCAGAAAUUUUGAUCUCUUAGAAUCUAAUUAUACUUGAUUAUUUGUACUUCAUGAGUGCUUGAGAUGGGUCGGUCACACCCUCCGUAGACCUGCAUCCAGUACGACAAGACAAACCGUUGUCUGGACAUGGUUGUCGCGAGGGGGAGGGAAGGGGCAAGAGGGAUACCUCCGCAAAAAAGUGCUUCAUAACAAGAAACGGGAAACGAAAGAAGAAAAGGGAUGAAAGCCGAUAAAAUUUCUUCAAAAAUAACAAUAACAGUAAUAACAAUUAUAAUAAUAAUAAUAAACUAAAUAAUAAAAUAGAGUAAAACUUGACCCCCUCCGGAUCCGACCAUCAAUUAUCAGUUCUUAGCUGAUGAGUGCUUUUCCCUGGGAAUCUUCCCAAAUUAAAAAAAAAUAUCCUUGCGACGCCCAUAAUACCUGGAACUGGCUGGGAGAAAUGAAGAAGACACCCAACAAACACAGAGCUGCAAUUCGGAGGUAGACAAAAAAGAUAUGGACCGUACCUUGGGGACAGCUGGAGGGACUGGGUAAGGACCAGGACGACUGGAGGAAAGGCUAGUCGGUGGAAUAUGCCACAGGAAGAGGGGCCGUAAGCGGAGGUGAGGUUGUGAAAUGAUACGCCUAUUUUAUGUGGCAAAAAGACUUCCUUCAGUAUUAGACUGGGGUUGGAAAAGUUGUAUAAUAAACAAGACUUGUUUGAAACCGAAGAAAUAACCGUGAAAGUAAUCAACCCCUUACUAAUCACUACUUUGUUCUGGUUUUAUACCAAAUGAUAGUUCUCGAUAAUCUGUUAGCUCUUGCUUCUCUGCGUCUGUUUCAGCUAAGAAUAAAAAAUGUAUGAGAGAAAAGUAAGCAUAAUAUUAAUGUAACAUGUUUGAUAAAUCUUACCCAUAUUUGAAGCAUGUAAAUUAUGGAAAGAUAUGUUCAAAGUGCAGCAUUAUUAACGUUAAUUUAAAAAGUGUGACUCACUCGUAAUUGUCUGAUAUUUCACUGAGUCCUUUGAUCUUAUUUUGUUCUUCGAUAUAAUAGAACUGUAAAAAUAAACGAGUGACCGUCGUCAGUAAUACAGUGGCUUUUUCACUUUCUUUGAUAAUUAGCAAUAUAAAAUGGUUUCUUGUGAAGUGUGAAUUGAAUUGUAGAUGAAAACGGAUGAUAAUGGAAAUGACUAUUAAAAAUCAGUGUGAAUAAAGAAUGCACGCAUG